CUACGCAGGAAACAGUAGCUUACACACACUGCAAAAUGACACGUCGGCCAGAGCACUGCGUGCUACGGAGUGAAUGCCUGAGGAAGUCCAACUUCUGCCGAGUGCGCAUGGACGGAUCUGUGCAUUAGUCCUAACUUUGUUUUUCUAUUUGAAAGUUUUGGAAACAGGGACACCGUCUGUUAAGAUGAUGAUGAGCUUGGAGAUGCCCCAUCUGGCUUCUGCCACGUUUGGCAAAGGAACUGAACGUAACGAAACUGGUCACUGCUAUAACCAACCAGAGGGUAGCACAGUGUUGCAGGGGCUGAGCUUUGGAGGCAUACAUGUUGUACUUCUUAUAUACUUUAUUUUGUUUUUGGUCCUUCUAGGAAUCUUUGCCAUCAUAAGGAGGACUUUAUGGGAUUAUGGACGACUCGCACUGGUGUCUGAUACUGAUGGUUAUACAGGAAAGUCACACAGACGAUAUGCAAGGCUCUCUUCAACAAAUGAAGAACUUGAACAAGACAACAAGGGAUAUUGUUCUUGGAUUACAUUUGUCUUCCUAAUGGAUGAAGACACAAUUAAAGAGAAAUGUGGCAAUGAUGCCCUGCACUACCUGUCCUUCCAGAGGCAUCUCAUUGGCCUUCUAGUGGUUUUCAGCAUCACAUCUGUUGCUAUUAUCCUGCCUGCCAACCUCACAGGAAAUUUAUUAGACAAUGACCCUUAUAGUUUUGGGAGAACUACAAUAGGAAACUUGAGCAAAAAUAACAACCUUCUAUGGCUUCACACUGUGUUUGCAGUUUUGUAUCUCAUUCUAACAGUCAUAGCAAUGAGACACCACACAUCACAGAUGAAAUAUAAGGUCAAUGACUCUGUGAAACGUACCUUAUUUAUAAGUUCCAUAUCAAAAGAUGCAAAUAAAGAAUCUCUCAACGGGUACUUUAAUGAGGCUUACCCAGAAUUUAACAUCUUAGAAGUCAGUCUGUGCUAUGAUGUUGCAAAACUAAUCUAUCUGGCCAAAGAAAGGAAGAGGGCAGAGAAGAAUUUAAUCUAUUACAAAAAACGAUUGGAACAAAAAAGGGAGGUUGCAACAAUCAACCCCAGGCCUUGUGGUUACUUGUGCUGCUGCAACCUCAAGGGGUGUGAGAAGGUAGAUGCCAUUGAUUACUACACCAGUGCUGAAAAAAAAUUUGAAGAAGAGUACAUGAAGGAGAAAGAAACUGUUCCCUCCAAACCCCUGGGAAUGGCAUUUGUGACCUUGGAGAAUGAAACAAUGGCAACUUGUAUUCUUAAAGACUUCAAUGCCAUUGUCAUCAGUGGCUGUAGAUGCAAACGAGAGCUGCAGGCCUCCUCUUAUAGUAAACACCUCAACGUACAGAACUGGUCCGUCACCUAUGCACCUGAUCCACGGAAUAUUUACUGGGAGAAUAUCUCAGUGCAGGGUGUGUGCUGGUGGAUCAGGUGUCUGUGUCUCAACUUCUUCCUCUUUCUUCUGCUCUUCUUCCUCACCACACCCUCCAUCAUCAUCAGCACCAUGGACAGAUUCAACAUCACCCUGCCCAUCUACUAUCAAAAAAAUGCGGUUAUAAGCCAGUUUUUUCCCACACUCCUUCUGUGGUCCUUCUCUGCACUUCUACCCACUGUUGUGUACUAUUCCACAUUGGGUGAAUCUCACUGGACAAGGUCAAAUGAGAACAGGGUGACCAUGCACAAAUUGUACUUUUUUCUGAUCUUUAUGGUAUUGAUACUUCCCUCCCUGGGCCUCACUAGUUUAGACUACUUCUUUCAGUGGUUGUUUGAUACAACAUUUUUGUCUGAUGGCAAAGUCAGGUUUGAAUGUGUAUUCCUUCCUAACCAGGGCGCCUUCUUUGUGAAUUACGUUAUUGCCUCGGCCUUCAUCGGGAGCGGAAUGGAGCUGCUGCGUCUGCCAGGCCUGCUCCUGUACACCAUCCGCAUGGCCUUAGCGAGGUCAGCAGCUGAGAGGAAGUAUGUGAAACAGCACCAAGCCAAUGAGGUUGAGUAUGGAGUGAUGUAUGCCUGGAUGCUGUGUGUCUUCACUGUCAUCAUGGCUUACAGCAUAACCUGUCCUGUAAUUGUUCCUUUUGGUCUACUAUACAUGCUGUUGAAACACGUGGUUGACAAGCACAAUCUAUAUUUUGCGUACCUGCCAGCCAAACUCGAUAGGAAGAUCCACUAUGGGGCUGUAAACCAGGCGUUGGCUGCACCAAUCAUGUGCCUCUUCUGGCUCUACUUUUUCUCAGUCCUGAGGACAGGAUUUACGGCAAUAACUUCCCUUUUCACCCUCAUAGUUCUGUGCAUUACCAUUUUUAUUUGUUUAACUUACACCUGCUUUGGACACUUCAAGUAUCUGAGUCCACAUAAUUACAAGGUAAAGGAAAACGUGGAUGAAACAGACAGUGUUGCAGCAAGGAUUUCUGAAUCUGCAAUGUAUGUGCCAAAGGUUCUGCAAACCCCACAGAAUGAGUCAACUCCCUUGGAUCACAAAGUUCAGCAGUCAUACGGAACUGUGGAGGACAACAUCCAAACAGCAGAGGACUCAGACAAAAUCUACUUGGUAGAGUAAGGAACCACAGACUCCUAUGGCUCAGCUGGGACUUACAGUGGCCAGUAGAUGGCGAAACUGCACUUUUUGUAUGCCAAAGAAAGAAUCAGGAUUUAACAUUACAAGUUUCAUAUAAUUUGUGUCCAAAUGUUAAGAAAGUGAAAUGUAUUUCUCUGGAAAUUGUUCCCUUUUCUGCAUCAAAAACCAGCAUUUUUAUAUUGGUAUAACAAUUUUUUUUACAAUUUUCUGACCAACACUGCAAGAUGCACAACCAGCCUGCAAUCAGAUGAUCUUCAGUGGAAUGCAUGGAGCACAAGAGCAGACACAGAUAUAAUCCAUGGGUAGAGUGGUACUCUGAAGUUUAUCACAUUUCUUUCUUUAUGUUGAACAGACAUAAAUAAAGAAAGAUGAAUAAACUGUUGACGUAACUGUAAAGGGACCAGUGCAGUAACUAAUGAUUUCAAUCUCAGUCUCGUACAAAUCUGGACACAUCCCUCAGUGUCUUUUCAUGGUUGUUUUUGUUUGGUUGUCAACUUUCUUUAAAUGACAUUAGUACGGUACAAUGCCAUUCCACAUUCAAAUUUCUUUUCAUAACAACUCAUGGACCAAGUCUAUUUCUAUGUUUGUUUGUUUUUUAAAUUCCAAAUUACAUUAAUUCACCUUAUCCCUCUCCCCAUAAAUGUGUUGUAAUCCAUUGAUAAACUUGUUACAAUACAGAACCGUGUAAUUGGGUAGAAAAUAACUUUCUAGAGCUCUAGCUCAGUGAGGCGCAUCACAUAUUUUAAAACCAGGGAAAUGCUGUAUUAAACUAUUAGAUUUGAAUGCAUUUUUAGGGCAUGUAGUGAAAAAGGAAUGUGUUGUGGUCUGACCCAGGACACAAUUUAAAAAAAAAUAAUAAUAAUAAAUGAAUAAACAGCUGAAUAAUAAAUAAUGCACAUCCUACUGACUGAAUGUUUGGAUAUAGAGCUGCUUAAAAUUGUGUACAUUUAUACCCUCCUCCUCAAAAAAGAAGUUCAACAGUUUUGCAUUUCUUUUUUGAAAAUGUGUUCAUGUCAACAUUUUUCAACAGUGUUGUUUUUGUGCUGUGCCACUAUAACAGCACAGAUGUUCUGCCAUUUUGCCUAUUGAAUCAGUUUUAAAGCCGUAUUGCCAAGCCAAGUUUCUCAUACCAUGCUACCCAGCUGUGCAUCAAAUGGGUGUAUAUUGAUAACUAUCAAUUUGCAUAAAUAUGAAGACAUUUCCAGAAAUUACAUUUUUAAGCGUCCUGGACCAAAAAAGGCCCUUUUGACUUUCAUCCUUUUAUUUUAAUUGUGUAAUGCACUGCAUCUAUGGGGCCUCAAAAAUACUGUGUCAAUAAUAGACCCAACGAGCCCAUUGCCACGACUACUAGUCUCAUCCACAGAUGAGACUUUAUGUAACACUAAAGCCAUAGGUUCUGUCUUCAAACAAAAUGUUCCUCAUAUAUGUUGAGCUUAUUAAAAAUAAAGGUCUCUCCAACCACUCCAUAUUAGAGGGACAAAGUACUUUUUAGUACUGUAUUUGUAAUAUAGAUUGCCACAGAUCCAUCAAAAAUACAAACAAAUACAUUUCAGCUUCUCUUUGCUGUAAUACUAUUUAAUCACAAGAGGGCAGUGUGUCCCUGUGAAUCCAUAAUUAAACAUAAUUUGUAAUUCGUCAAUUGUAUUGCCUUUCCCCCUACAUUGACAUCUGGACUGUUUCUAUAUACAUUUGUAAAAGAUUAUUUUGUAUUUCUGUAUUUUGAUUAAUCAUGAAGAAAAAAAAUAAAAUAAACUUUAUACCCUAAUUACAUUAAAAAAAUCUCCAGAAAUAUGGCCUUUGUCACUAUGUCAAGUUCAUAAGAAGUUUUAUUAUAUAGACCUAUACAUUUUUUUAAAAGUUAUAUUAUAAAAGUACUGUGUGUCAUGGUAAUUGAAGAUCUGAAGCUUGAGCCUGGUGUUGUCUGGAUGGCACAAAGCUAGAACUAUUACCUAAAAAUUACAGGGCUGGCUUAUAAUCACUUGGCUUUGGGAAUGUACUGUAUGCAUUUGCUGUAUAUGUUGGCUAGAUAAGCCACAGCAAGGAACCAACUGGGAAAAAGCAGUGUCUUUCAAUCUGGGAUAUUAAUAAUGCAUUUUGUAACUGUAUAACCCCUGAUGUUUCCUUGGGGACGAUUACCCCAAUUCUAUAGCUGUCUGGAGCACAAACAAUAUAUCAACAUUAAAAAAUACUUUACAUUUUAAUGAAAAAGGAGACCACUGUGCAAGAAUGCUGAAAAAACUAAAUAAUAAAAGAAUGUCUUCCCCCU